CCCCUAACUUUUAUUAUCCUUAUUUGAAAACAAAAACAGUGCGAGAAUGAAGACUUGAUUAUGUCUAAUCAGAUUGAUGCAGUUAUAUGGUUAUCAGUUAAUUAUGUAAAUGAAAAAGAAGAAUGUGACACAAAAUUGACAGAUGUUUAUGAGGCUUGCAUAGCCUUCUAUUCCUUGAAGAAACAAGCACCUCCCAGUAAAGAACUAAUUGGUAAGCUGAUACCCAGAAUUUUUGGUGUCAGUUCAAGUUUCAAAUUUGAUAAUUCCAAAAGAAUUGUUGUUUACAAACAUCUGAAAGUUAGGCCUCAAAGCAACAGUCUUGCAAUUAUUCCAGCUCACUGUUCAACUUUGAAAGAAAAUAUUGCAUAUACAUUGAGAUAUCCUUUACAAACUGUUGUUGAUGGCGAACAACAAUUUUGUGAUGUUACGUUUGGCAAAGACGACACAUGGCUGACAAUAAAUAAUAUGGAGUUCAAAACUGGAUAUCCACUGGAGAUAAACCAGAAAAAUGUGGAUGGUAUGCUUAAAGUCAUAUGUUCCCUUAAACUUUGUACUGGGAUUAAAAAUCAAGCUGUGAUUAUUUCAAAUGCAUUUUUUAAGGAAAAUUGUUGUAUGUCGAAUGACCCGGAUAAUUGUUACGUAACUCAGAGAUCAAAAUCCUGUAAAAUGUUGAUAAACUUGACGUCAAAAAGUAUUACUUGUUACACGUGUGAAAAUUCAUACUAUAAAACUAGAUCAAAGAAAAAAAGUGAGAAACAGGUUCAUGAAGAUGAACAUUCAUGUAAUAAAACACCAUCGAAGAAUAAAAACAGGAAACAGGUUCAUGAAGAUGAACAUUCAUAUAAUAAAACACCAUCGAAGAAUAAAAGCAAGAAACAGGUUCAUGAAGAUGAACAUUCAUAUAAUAAAACACCAUCGAAGAAUAAAAGCAGGAAACCGGUUCAUGAAGAUGAACAUUCAUAUAAUAAAACACCAUUGAAGAAUAAAAGCAAGAAACAGGUUCAUGAAGAUGAAAAUAAAUCCCAAUUGAACAAAAAGAAAAAAUGUGGGCCAGAAAGACAAGUUGUAACAGAAAUAACAAAUAGUGAAAAUUGUAUUGAAACAGGAUCUUUGGAAUCUAUACCUGGUAAUACAACUGUAACAAUUCAAAGUAAUGAUAAAGAAGCCAUGGGAAAAUCUUGCCCACUUGCAGAAGAGGAUAAAUCUAUUUCACUUUCAGAAGAGGAUAACUCUAUUCCACUUUUAAAAGAGGAUAAUUCUAUUCCACUUUCAGAAGAGGAUAAUUCUGUUCCAUUUUCAAAAGAGGAUAAUUCUAUUCCACUUUCAGAAGAGGAUCACAACAAUCACGAACAAAUUUUGAAUUUAAUUUCAAAAAUGGAUGUUCCAGAAAAUUUUGCAAUACUAUUGAAAUCACAACUAAAUAACUGUAAGAAAGGUACAGAUAUUCGCCAGAGAAGGUGGGACCCUAAAAUAAUUAAUUUGUGUCUUACUCUGUUUAAAAGGUCUCCACAAGCAUAUUAUGACCUUAAACAAUCUGGAUUUCUUCAAUUGCCAUCAAAACGAUUGCUACAGUAUUAUAAAAAUUCUGAGAAACAAACUCCUUGAUUCAACCACAUAAAUCUUACUUGAAUGAUGAAAGAAUUGUGAAAACAAAGCAUUUUUGAAUUUGGAAAACAUGCAGGAAUAAUACUUGAUGUAAUGUCUAUUCAGGAUGACCUAAUUAUUAAAAAAUCUGAUGAUUCAUGGAAUAUUGUUGGAUUUGUAGAUAUGGACACAGCCAUUGACAGCUAACAAUUUAUACAUCGACAUACUGUG